GGGGAGGGAGACGCUGACAAACCAAGAUGGCGGUGGCGGCGAUGAAGGCCGUGGCGGUUGGGACUUAACUGUAGUAGCGAAGGCUGCGGUAGUUGGGAGGAAGCGACAGAGUUUGGAAGGAAAAGAACAGGGCGAAGAGCUGGUGUCAGUAACUUCAGCCUGGGACUCUCGAAACACCGCAGCCACACUUCUCCCAGAACCUCGGCAGGCGGCGGCCGUCCCACUUAGGGCCUACUCUCCGAGAAGUGCCUCGGUUUCAAACAGUGGCGGCGCCAUGAGUCCUUAAGGGCGGUGUGAGCCCUCCUAAUCCUUGGCCCUGUCCUCGGGCCCACCAUGGAGCCGGGGCCCGACGAUUUCUUACCGCCGCCGGAGUGCCCGGUGUUCGAGCCUAGCUGGGCUGAGUUCCGAGACCCUCUUGGCUACAUUGCGAAAAUCAGGCCUAUCGCCGAGAAGUCGGGCAUUUGCAAGAUCCGCCCACCCGCGGACUGGCAGCCACCCUUUGCUGUGGAAGUGGACAACUUCAGAUUUACUCCCCGAAUCCAGAGAUUGAAUGAGCUAGAGGCCCAGACAAGAGUGAAACUGAACUACUUGGACCAGAUUGCCAAAUUCUGGGAGAUCCAGGGCUCUUCCUUAAAGAUUCCCAAUGUGGAACGACGGAUCUUGGACCUCUAUAGCCUGAGCAAAAUUGUAGUGGAGGAAGGUGGUUAUGAAACCAUCUGCAAGGAUCGUCGAUGGGCUCGUGUGGCCCAGCGUCUCAACUACCCACCAGGCAAAAACAUUGGUUCUCUGCUGCGCUCUCACUAUGAACGUAUUGUUUAUCCCUAUGAGAUGUACCAGUCCGGAGCCAACCUUGUGCAGUGUAAUACACGUCCAUUUGAUAACGAGGAGAAAGACAAAGAAUACAAACCUCACAGCAUCCCCCUUCGACAGUCUGUGCAGCCUUCCAAGUUCAAUAGCUAUGGACGGCGGGCCAAGAGACUACAGCCUGAUCCGGAACCCACAGAGGAAGACAUUGAAAAGAAUCCAGAGCUGAAGAAGCUACAGAUCUAUGGGGCAGGCCCCAAGAUGAUGGGGCUAGGCCUUAUGGCCAAGGAUAAGACUCUGCGGAAAAAAGAUAAGGAAGGGCCUGAGUGUCCUCCUACUGUAGUGGUGAAGGAAGAAUUAGGUGGGGAUGUGAAGGUGGAAUCAGCCUCACCCAAGACCUUGCUGGAAAGCAAAGAGGAACUGAGUCACAGUCCAGAACCCUGCACCAAGAUGACCAUGAGGCUACGGAGGAACCACAGCAAUGCCCAGUUUAUUGAGUCUUAUGUGUGCCGGAUGUGUUCCCGGGGAGAUGAAGAUGACAAACUCCUGUUGUGUGAUGGUUGUGAUGACAACUACCACAUCUUUUGCCUGCUCCCUCCUCUGCCUGAGAUCCCAAAAGGUGUCUGGCGGUGUCCAAAAUGUGUCAUGGCGGAGUGUAAGCGGCCCCCUGAAGCCUUUGGCUUUGAACAAGCUACCCGGGAAUAUACUCUGCAGAGCUUUGGGGAGAUGGCUGACUCCUUUAAAGCUGACUACUUCAACAUGCCUGUACAUAUGGUACCCACAGAACUCGUAGAGAAGGAAUUCUGGCGGCUGGUGAAUAGCAUUGAGGAAGAUGUGACUGUUGAGUAUGGGGCUGAUAUCCAUUCCAAAGAAUUUGGCAGUGGUUUCCCUGUCAGUGACAGUAAGCGGCACCUAACCCCUGAGGAGGAGGAGUACGCUACAAGUGGUUGGAACCUGAAUGUGAUGCCAGUACUGGAGCAAUCUGUACUAUGCCACAUCAAUGCAGAUAUCUCUGGCAUGAAGGUACCCUGGCUCUAUGUGGGCAUGGUCUUCUCAGCCUUUUGUUGGCAUAUUGAAGAUCACUGGAGUUACUCUAUUAACUACCUCCACUGGGGUGAGCCAAAAACCUGGUAUGGAGUACCCUCACUUGCAGCAGAACACUUAGAAGAAGUGAUGAAGAAGCUGACACCUGAACUUUUUGAUAGCCAACCUGAUCUCCUGCACCAACUGGUCACCCUCAUGAAUCCUAAUACUCUCAUGUCCCAUGGUGUGCCGGUUGUCCGCACAAACCAAUGUGCAGGAGAAUUUGUCAUCACUUUCCCCCGUGCUUACCACAGUGGUUUUAACCAAGGCUACAACUUUGCUGAGGCUGUCAACUUUUGCACUGCUGACUGGCUACCAGCUGGGCGCCAGUGCAUCGAACACUACCGCCGGCUCCGAAGAUACUGUGUGUUCUCUCAUGAGGAGCUCAUUUGCAAGAUGGCUGCUUGCCCUGAGAAGCUGGACUUGAACCUGGCAGCAGCUGUGCAUAAAGAGAUGUUCAUUAUAGUGCAGGAGGAGCGGCGUUUACGAAAGGCUCUGCUGGAGAAGGGUAUCACUGAGGCUGAGCGAGAGGCUUUUGAGCUGCUCCCAGAUGAUGAGCGUCAGUGCAUCAAAUGCAAGACCACAUGCUUCUUAUCUGCCCUGGCCUGUUAUGACUGCCCAGAUGGCCUUGUCUGCCUUUCUCAUAUCAACGACCUCUGCAAGUGUUCCAGUAGCCGUCAGUACCUGCGGUAUCGGUACACUUUAGAUGAACUCCCUGCCAUGCUUCAUAAGCUGAAGGUUCGGGCUGAGUCCUUUGACACCUGGGCUAGCAAAGUUCGAGUGGCCCUGGAGGUGGAAGAUGGGCGAAAGCGCAGUCUUGAAGAACUGAGGGCACUAGAAUCUGAGGCCCGUGAGCGAAGGUUUCCUAACAGCGAGCUGCUGCAGCGACUAAAGAACUGCUUGAGUGAAGCAGAAGCUUGUGUGUCCCGAGCUCUGGGACUGGUCAGUGGACAGGAAGCUGGCCCCGACAGGGUGGCUGGUCUACAGAUGACCCUGGCUGAGCUACGGGCCUUUCUAGGCCAGAUGAACAACCUGCCUUGUGCCAUGCACCAGAUUGGGGAUGUCAAGGGUAUUCUGGAACAGGUGGAAGCCUACCAGACUGAGGCCCGUGAGGCCCUGGUCUCACUGCCCUCCAGUCCAGGGCUACUGCAGUCCCUGUUGGAGAGGGGGCAGCAGCUGGGGGUGGAGGUGCCUGAGGCCCAGCAGCUCCAGCGGCAGGUGGAACAGGCACGGUGGCUGGAUGAGGUAAAACGCACGCUGGCUCCCUCUGCCCGAAGGGGCACCCUGGCUGUCAUGCGGGGACUGUUGGUUGCGGGCACCAGUGUAGCGCCUAGCCCUGCUGUGGAUAAGGCCCAGGCAGAGCUGCAGGAGCUGCUGACCAUUGCUGAACGCUGGGAGGAGAAAGCCCACCUCUGCCUGGAAGCCAGACAGAAACAUCCACCAGCUACACUUGAGGCCAUAAUUCAUGAAGCGGAAAACAUCCCUGUUCACCUACCCAACAUCCAGGCGCUCAAGGAAGCGCUUGCUAAAGCCCGGGCAUGGAUCGCUGAUGUGGAUGAGAUUCAAAAUGGUGACCACUACCCCUGCUUGGAUGACUUAGAAGGCCUGGUGGCUGUGGGUCGGGACCUCCCUGUGGGUCUGGAGGAACUGAGACAGCUAGAGCUGCAGGUACUGACAGCACACUCCUGGAGAGAGAAGGCCUCCAAGACCUUCCUCAAGAAGAAUUCAUGCUAUACACUAUUGGAGGUGCUCUGCCCGUGUGCAGACGCCGGCUCAGACAGCACCAAGCGCAGCCGGUGGAUGGAGAAGGAGCUGGGGUUGUACAAAUCUGACACAGAGCUACUGGGGCUGUCUGCGCAGGACCUCAGGGACCCAGGCUCUGUGAUCGUGGCCUUCAAAGAGGGGGAACAGAAGGAAAAGGAGGGUAUCCUGCAGCUUCGUCGCACCAACUCAGCCAAGCCCAGUCCACUGGCAUCAUCAAACACAGCUUCUUCUACGACCUCCAUCUGUGUAUGUGGGCAAGUGCCAGCUGGGGUAGGAGCUCUGCAGUGUGACCUGUGUCAGGACUGGUUCCAUGGGCGGUGUGUGACAGUGCCCCGCCUCCUCAGCUCCCCAAGAUCCAGUCCUACCUCAUCUCCACUGCUGACCUGGUGGGAAUGGGACACAAAAUUCCUGUGCCCACUCUGUAUGCGCUCACGGCGCCCACGUCUGGAGACCAUCCUGGCACUGCUGGUAGCCCUUCAGAGACUGCCUGUACGGCUGCCUGAAGGUGAGGCCCUACAGUGUCUCACAGAGAGGGCCAUCAGCUGGCAAGGGCGUGCUAGACAGGCUUUGGCCUCUGAGGAAGUGACUGCUCUGUUGGGACGGUUGGCUGAACUCCGCCAAGAGCUACAGGCUGAAUCUAGGCCUGAGGAGUCCCAUACCUACUCUUCAGACCUUGCCUCUGACUCUUUCAGAGAGAGUACUGGCAAGGAUAUGCCUAAGGUCCAGGGUAUGCUGGAGAAUGGGGACAGUGUGACCAAUCCUGAGAAGGUAGCCACAGAGGAGGGCUCAGGUAAGAGAGAUCUGGAGCUACUAUCCUCGCUAUUGCCACAGUUGACUGGGCCUGUGUUAGAACUGCCUGAGGCAACCCGGGUCCCUCUGGAGGAGCUCAUGAUGGAGGGAGAUCUGCUUGAGGUGACCCUUGAUGAGAACAAUAGCAUCUGGCAGCUGCUACAGGCUGGACAGCCUCCAGACCUGGAGAGAAUUCACACACUUCUGGAGCUGGAGAAGGCAGAGCGCCAUGGGAGUCGGGCACGGGGCCGUGCCCUGGAGAAACGCCGGCGGCGGAAGGUGGAUCGGGGUGGGGAGGCCGAUGACCCAGCCCGAGAGGAGCUAGAGCCAAAGAGGGUACGGAGCUCAGGGCCAGAGGCCGAGGAAGCCCAAGAGGAUGAAGAGCUGGAGGAGGAGACUGGGGGUGAGGCCCCCCCUGCAUCCCUCCCCACCACUGGUAGCCCCAUCACCCAGGAGAACCAGGAUGGCUUAGAACCAGCCUUAGAGGCUGCUUCCAGUCCCUCAGCCCCUUUCUCUACUCUGACUUCCCGGCUGCAUCUAUCCUGCCCACAGCAGCCACCUCAGCAACAGUUGUGACAGUGGCUGAGUCUAGCACAGAACCCAACAAAGAUCCCCUUGGCCUCAAGGAUCCUCUUUCUGACCAUCAAACCUACUUCUUGGAAGUGGGCAUGCAGGUGGGGGGAGGACCCGUUCCCCCCCUCACCCCAGUCCUGUGAUUUUUAUAUUCUGACUCCAAGGUAUUAUUCAGACCUCAGCUCCUGGGGGCCGGCCCCUGGAGUCCUCUCAUCCCUGGUAACCUCUAACCAGCAUUCCCAGACACCAGAGGCAGAUAGGUUGGCAGAGGGGAGGGCAACUGGGGCUGAGCCAGCACCAUUCCAGAGACUAAGGCCAGGGUAUAAUGCAAACUAGGGGAUUUCUCCCUUUUUUCCCAGUUCUGAUCCUGGUCAGGACAUGCUACACUAACCUCCCCUCCCCCCUUCACUCACUCUUUUGUCUCCUUCCUCUUUCCUUCCUUCCUUCCCCCAUUCACCUUCUUUCUCCCUCCCCACCCCACCGCGUACUGGUCCACUCAGGAGGAGGAAACUUCACAUAGCUGUGCUCAGUUUUUCAUUUCAAAUUAAUUUUGUAGGGGGCUGAACAGGGCUCCCUUUGGUCUGAAGAAGGCUUUUGGUGCUUGUCCUCACACUCCCCAUCUUCCCCUGUCUCCUUUCCUCCUCCUGGGUUCAUGUUGUAAUAAAAGAAGAUUGUUGGUGUGUAAUUAAUUUGUUCAAAAGGGAAAAAAAGGCAAAACAAACUGGUUCCAACUGAAGCCUAUUUUAAUUUUAUUUUAUUAUUUUCCUCUUGUUAGAAAUAAAACCCUUAGCAAUGUUUUUUGGAAA